AUGCCGUCGUGUGAAAUCGUCAAUCAAUUUCAAACAUCAACAACAGUGGAUAAUAUGAAUUAUCCUCGUAUGACAAAAGAGUUUAUUAAAAAACAUUGUAAAGAUAAUAAAUUAUACCAAACACCAUAUUUAAAUGAUGUAUUAUAUCUACAUUUUAAAGGUUUUUCUAAGAUAGAAAAUUUAGAUGAAUAUGUUGGUUUGAAAUGCUUAUGGUUAGAAUCAAAUGGAAUAACAAGAAUAGAAAAUCUUGAUAAUCAAUUAGAAUUGAGAUGUCUUUAUUUACAUCAAAAUCUUAUCAAUGAAAUUGAAAAUUUAGAUCAUUUACAAUAUUUAGAUACAAUUAAUUUAUCGAAUAAUUAUAUCAAAAAAAUUACUAAUCUCGCAUGUUUACCAAGAUUAAAUUCGGUGUAUUUAUCUCAUAAUAAAUUGGAAACAGCAGAAGAUAUUGAACAUUUAAAAGACUGUAAAAGUUUGAGUGUGGUUGAUUUAUCACAUAACCAUAUUGACGAUGUUGACGUUGCUGAAGUUUUUAAAGAAAUGGAAAAUCUGUCACCAAUGGCGCUAUUAGCACUGCGUGUACUCAAUUUGCUUGGUAAUCCUGUGAUAAAAGAUAUCAAAGAUUAUCGUCGAACACUGAUACUUGGCUGUAAAAACCUAACUUAUUUGGAUGAUCGACCAGUCUUUCCAAGAGAUCGAGCAUGUGCUGAAGCAUGGGCACAAGGUGGUAGAGAAGCAGAACGAGAAGAACGUCAGCGCUGGGAAAAUUCGGAAAAACGAAGAACUGCAGAUUCUCUUAAUAAUUUAAUGGUAAUGCGACGUCAUUUUUUGGGCGAUCGUGGUGAAAGUACAAAUGAUAUUGACGAAAGUGAACAAGAACUUGCCGGUGAAACAACUGAUACUACGGUAAUUGUACGAAAUGAUGAUGGAGUAGACAGUAGUGAUGAAGAAGAAAUUCCAGCAUUAGAAGAUGUGCCUAAUGAUGAUCAAAUGGAACAAGUAGAAGAAGAAGGAAAAGAAAAUAAUCAACAGCAAACAACUAAGAAAGAGGAUGAUAGUUCUGACGAUAAUCGUUUAGUUUCAGUUGUAAGUCCAUCAUCUAUCAACGUUCAAGAAGAUCAUUCAUUCGAAAAAGGUGUUAAUAAUGAAGAUGAUAUUCCUUAUAUUUGUGCGCCGUUACAAAAUGUGAUUACUAGUUCAUCAUUUGACAGUAUGUUUCGUUCAGCAAAGCAAGAAGAAAAACCACGUCGGCUAAAAAUAGUUGAAAUGGAUGAUAAUGAAAAUAAAAAUGCCGAGAAUGGUAAGAAAUCGAUUAGAAAUAAUAAUAGCAAGAACAACAGCUUCACGCCAAUCAUGGAAGUGACAAAAGAUGAGUUUAACAUUCCGAGUGUUAUUAUCGAUCCAAAAACUAGAAUACAAUAUGCAAAAGGAAAAUUUCUUGGAAAAGGUGGAUUUGCCCGUUGUUAUGAAUUAGUUGAUUUAGCAUCUGGACAAGCAUUUGCUGGAAAAGUUGUACCAAAAUCAAUGUUAGUCAAACAACAUCAGCGUGAAAAAAUGACACAAGAAGUAACAAUUCAUCAGAGCCUGUCACAUAAACAUAUUGUUCAAUUUAUUGCGUAUUUUGAAGAUGAAAAUAAUGUAUAUAUUAUUCUUGAGCUAUGUCGAAGACGUUCUUUGAUGGAAUUACAUCGACGACGAAAAACCGUUACUGAACCAGAAACUCGUUAUUUUGUUAAACAAAUUGUUGAAGCAUGUAUUUAUUUACACGAUAAACGUAUUAUACAUCGUGAUUUAAAAUUAGGGAAUUUAUUUUUAAAUGAUCAAAUGGAAGUGAAAAUUGGUGAUUUUGGUUUAGCUACUCGUAUCGAAAGUGAAAGUGAUCGUAAACGAACACUAUGUGGCACACCGAAUUAUAUUGCACCUGAAGUUAUCAAUAAAAAGGGUCAUUCAUACCAGGUUGAUGUAUGGUCAUUGGGAUGUAUUUUAUAUACGUUACUUCUUGGUAAGCCCCCAUUUGAAACAUCAUCAUUAAAAGAUACAUAUUCAAAAAUUCGCAAAAAUGAUUACAUUAUACCGGAAAAUAAAAUACAACGUGAAGCUGUUGCUUUAAUUCAACGUUGUCUUCGUCCAGAACCAUUUGAUCGUCCAACAAUGUCACAAAUUUAUAUUGAUCAAUUUUUUGCCGGUUUUACACCACAAACAUUGCCAACAAGUGUAUGUACUGUUGCACCACGUUAUAGCACAUUGCCCACUGUUAUGAAUAAUCAACAAUCAUCAAUAAUUCAACAACAACAGCUACAACAACAUCAAGCACAACGUCGACCAUUCACUGAACAACAGCAAAAUGAACAAGCCAUGAUUGCAUUACGACAUCAACAAUUACAAACAAUGCCAACGCCAAUACCCAUGCCUGAACGUCCAAAUGAUAUUCAUGGAGCUUGUGGCGCUAAUUUGAGACAAGUACCAAAUCAAACAGAUAUCGUACUAUCAAAUCAAAUGGCAAGACAAUUGACCGGUCUCGAUGGUGCCUAUGCUAAUUUAAUAAAUGAAGAAAUUAACGAUGAUCUCAAUUUGGCUAUUGAUCUUCAACGACAAUUAAAUCAUUUGAUUGAAGCAAAACCAAAUGAAUUACAAACAAAGCGCGAAGAUGAAGCAGAAGAUCCAGCAUCAGCACCCAUGUUGUGGAUAUCAAAAUGGGUUGAUUAUUCAGAUAAAUAUGGUCUUGGUUAUCAGUUAUGUGAUGAUUCAGUUGGUGUUCUAUUUAAUGAUUCAACACGUUUGAUUAUGACAGCUGGUGGUGCUGAAAAUUUACAGUAUAUUGAUCGUGAUGGUGUUGAACAUUUAUGUACAAUGAAAGAUUAUUCAGAUACGUUAAAGAAAAAAGUAACAUUACUAAAAUAUUUUACAUCGUAUAUGGACGAACAUUUAUUAAAAGCUGGAGCAUCACAUGCACCACGUCCAGGUGAUGAACUAUCACGAUUACCAUUUGUUAAAACAUGGUUUCGUACUCGAAAUGCAAUUGUAUUUUAUCUUUCAAAUGGGACGUUACAGAUCAAUUUCUUUCAAGAUCAUACAAAAGUUGUUCUAUGUCCAUUGAUGAGUGCUGUUACAUAUAUUAAUGAACAUCGUGAAAUACGUACAUAUCGUUUACAAUUAUUAGAACGUUAUGGUUGUACAAAACAAUUAUAUACACGUGUAAAAUAUGCUAAAAGUAUGAUCGAUCGUAUAUUAACAGCAAAAACCAAUCAAAAUCGUUUACAUUAA